UAUACCUUUUGGAUAGUCUUGAUAUCCAUAUAAAUGUCCAACUUCUUUUGAACCUUGCUAAUGACUUCCUAUAGCAAUUAGUUCCACAGUCGGACUCCUCGUUUAUUUACAUUUAUUGGUUUUGAAUUUGCCCGUUUAGUGCUAUUAAAAAAAGGAUUGUGUCCCACCUUAUAAAAUAACUUGAGGGGAGUGAUCCUCCUAGGAAGAAUUGCUAUAUCUGUGACAGUGGCCUGAAGAAAUAAAGAAUAGAACUUUUAGUAAGCAAUAAUAUAUUGAGGAACACUUUAAAAAUCUUCUGACUGUACUGAAAUAUUUCAGUUUCCAUGUAAGAUUCUGAGUUUUUGCUCAGACUCCUGUGCCAGUACAGGCAGUGGGUUUUAUGCCUCCUUUACAGAAGGGGGAGAUGGGUUAAAAAACAGACCAGCCUUCUCUUGUGGCACUUCUCCUACAUGAGGGGUUUGUUGGCUGCCUCCACUGCCAGGAAGCUGUCUUUCUGGAUGCUCUUUGGUUCGGUUUAAAAUUUAUAAUUUUUUCUCUCUUCUCCCCUCUCCCCCCUCCCCCGCUCCAUCCACUUGUAGGUUUUCCCUGUCUAACACAGAAGGCUUUGGGUGAGGCUUAGUGGCAUGGUUCUCUGGCACUGUCUUCUGAUCUUAUGCACUUCACUCCCUUUGAGUACAAAGGCCAGGUCAGAAAACACCAGCUCCUGUUGAGUACAGCAGUACUGUGAACCUGUGUGUGGUGGUACAGGCUUUGUUCUCUUGCAGGCAGACUCUCCCAUCCAGACUGUGGGGAGGUAGGUAAGCAGUUGCCAAUCUGUGUAGGAUGUAAUCUCUAAUUUGGGUGUAUUUUUUGUGCUGCUUUUCUCCAGUUGCUGGAGUGGACAAUCUGUUGCUAUUGGUUGGUGAAGAUCUAGGAUCAGACUUUCCUCUGCUACAGGAAAUGGGUCUUGGCCUAGCAGUCUUUAUAGGUUCUGGAUUCCAUGGCAACUUGGCUGAGUCUAGCGCUCAAAGGUGCACUUAAUGUAUUCUCUUCAUCCCUUUUUUUCGGAGCUAAUGACCCCCGAGUCUUAGUUCUUCAAAUCUAGUGUAGCUGACCCACUGGAUAACAGGGAAUUUUGUAGAGCAAUUGAGAUCUUCUUCUAUUGUCGACCUACUUCUGAAGUCAUUCACAUGCUUUGUGCUUCUCCAGUCUUGAUAUUGUCUGAAAAUUAAACUCAGUAUUUCUCACUUCAUACAAACAAAAUGUCUCUUCAAAUAUUUAUAAAUCUUUUUUCUCCCCACUCCCCUUCUAAUGUAUAGCAUACCUAGCUGAACACUGCAUAGAAACUUAGAAUUCUGUGGCAUGUUUUGGAAAGCAUUGUGUGGAGAAUUGGCGAAGCUUUUUGUAGCUAAGGUCACUGUAAUUCUCUUAGCUGAAGACCCUUGGAACGUAAAUGUUUUGUUAGAUUCCUUGUAUUUUUUGGUUCAGUUCCUAGUUUUUGAUUACUAUGUUUGUGUAAUUUUUUUAUACAGUGUUUGUGCAUGCCAGGGAAACAGUAACUGCUGCUUAAGUAGGAUUUGCUAGCUAGAUGUUAAACACUAUAUCUGGUCAGCACAAAUAGAGCCUACAAACCUUGUUUUUAACUAUGGAUAGGACAUCAGUUCUGUCCCACUGCUUUCUGAAAUGAACUUCUGUCUCGUAAAAGGAGAAUAACCAUUUGAGGGGGUGGAAAAAAAAGACUUUCCCAUAUUAAAUAAAGAUCCCAGUAGUACUUCUAGACCUGGUGGUUCAUGAGAAUCAUGCCCCUGGUGUAGCAGUAGUACUUCUCUGGUACUUUGGCCCCAGAACUAAAUACCGGAAAUGUACUAAUCUAAUAAUAUUAUAGUAAUAGUAGUAGUAAAGGCUUCAUUAGAAAAUGACAAUUAGGGAUCGAAAACUACAUAGGUCUCGAACUUCUGUAGUCAGUCUUAGACUUGAACCAAAAAACCAUACUGGUCCAAGGAACUGACUUUUGUUUUUUGUUUUUUGUUUUGUUUGUUGUGUCCUGAAUACCCCAGGGCUAAACUUAAAGUACUUUGGAAUUUUAAUCCUGCCAGGCCAUGAGCUUUUUGAGUUUAUAAAAACAUAUUUUGGUUACCAUCUUGAUAUCUCUUUCACUGAAAUUCUGAUAUGAAUUUGGAAGCUGCUCUCUUUGAAGAGAAGGAGCUAGCACAUAAUGGCUUCUCUGUGAUAACUGGUUUGGAAUACCACUUUUCCGAUGGCAUAAAACAUAAAUUUAUAACUUUAGCAAUUAAUACCAGAUGGGCUUCUUACAUGGUUGUAGGAGUAAAGCAAGAGUGGGGGGUUGUGGGGAGAGGGCAGGUAGGUGGAAGCAGGGUAGUAAUCUGAGAUGUUCUACUUGGUGCAUUACUUGUUGAUGUGUCCAGGCAGCCUCUCAAAGCCUAGGGAUACACAAUCAAGGAUCUGUUGUUGGAGUCUGCUGGUAAAGUAAAGUCUAGAUCUGGAAUCCAGACCAAUGGGGCGACUGGCUGCUUCGAUUUGCUGAAGUGGAGAUAAGAGUUGGAGACCCUUGUUAUCCUAAUCCAAAGUCUGAAUCUUCAGCAAAUUCUCCUUUUCCUCAGACUAUCAAAAGAUAAGCAUUUCCUGAAGUACCUGAAGAAACCUAGAGGUUACUUCCUGGAUGAACUGAGUCUUGCUGAGACUGUUGGUAAGAAAUCUUGUGGAAAAUGGUGGAAAUAAGGACUGCUAUAGCUUGUCUGGGUAACACUCAAAGGUGAUACAAAGAAAGGAUUUGUCUUUUUCAUCUUUCUGUUUUUGUUUAUCAGUCACUGCAGGCACUAGGAUGUAGAGGAGCUUCUUUGAAGUUCAUUCUCAACAAGUUGUCUACAUUGCAAAGAAAAGCAGACAUGAUACACUGAAGGCCUUUGGAUAUAAACUUUGGCAGUAAGAUGAAAGCAUAAAUCUUGAGAUUUAGAACAGAACCAGAAAUGGCUCACGAAUACUGAAACAGGACACAGAGGAGCCUCCAACACUUCUCAGUGUGAGCAGUGGCAAAGGGACAACUACCAUGGUAACACUAAUAACGGAAAAGCUGCAGAACCAGAGCUUGGACGAUCUGACAUGUAAAACAUACAAUAUUCACCUGGUCUCCCUUCCACCUGAUACUUCUCUACUCUAUGGAGAUUGGUCGUUGUCUGAUUCCUCCAAGCAACUUUAUCCUUAGAAAUGUUCAGAUGACUUUUUUUUAAGUACUCAUCUGAGAAGCUGAACAAAAGUGGCAGCUUGUUCCCUUUCGAAAUCAAUGAAGAGAGCCCUUGGAAAGCUUUAAAUGGGGGUUGUCCAAUCCAAGCUGACGCGACCAAAAAUUCAGCUUACCCUUUCCCAGUGUGCCCAUUCAGUAGAGGCACAGCUAACAACGUGAGUCUGCAAUGGCAGCAGGAAUCUUCCAGCACAUCUAUGGUGUCAGGAUGGAUAAGUGAACUAAACCUUAAUGAAAACUCGGGGCAGCCAUUGGCGCCGCCUACCAAACGCCACUGUAGGUCACUCUCUGAGCCAGAUGAAUUGGCUCGUUGUCGGUCACCAUGGAAACCCGGCAGUUCAAAAGUUUGGACUCCUGUAUCAAAGAGACGAUGCAACAGCGGUGGCAGUGCCACCUUGCAACGCUGCAACAGUCAUGGGAGUGCAAACUUACAGAGAAGCACAAGUAUCAGCUUGCCACAAAAUGUUCUGUCCUUAAAUAACGUCUUCACUAUCACCAGCUUCAAUACUUCUCCAGUACCCCGACCUUCCUCUGCGAGCAGCGGCUUUGUGGACAGUAGUGAGGGAAGCACAAGUUCAAGUAUCCGUUGGAAUUCUGGAGGACCUUGUGACUUUAACCCUAGGCGUCGCCUCUCCCUCUCACAGGAGCACAUCACUGAGACAGGAAACCUCUUGCCUUCAGCCAACAGCACUCCCACCUCCACACCAGAGCUCAGCCGGCGUCAGGGCUUGCUGAGAUGCCGCUCACAGCCUUGUGUCCUGAAUGAAAAGAAAAGCCGGCUAAAGCGCAGACGGGAGGAGGAUGUACGGUGGAAUCGUCCAUCUUUAGACUUUUUUAAAAUGACACGGACUUUGACAACCUCCUGUUUUAAGCAGACAAGUCUUAACGGGGCACCACAUAUAAUUUGGAAGAAUGAGUUAGAGCUUGUCUACAUGGAGAAGUUAUUCCAUAAAAAGACUUUAAAAAAUUCGAAAAGUCUUUGCUCCCUUGAUUAUGAAGAAGAUGACGACGAUGACGACGACACACAAAUGAAGACAAUUGUGUCAUCCCCAUGUGAUUCACAUGACUUUAUGAACAUCACCACCCCUGGUUCCAGUCCAGUGAAAGAGCAACUGGAUGAAGUAAGGCAUCAUGGGCCAUGCCAAGUUGGCUUCAAUGUAAGGGAUUAUAAGAAGGCAGCUGCAGUGUGUGAAAGUGACGAGGACACAAGUGAUUGUGACAGCACUGAAGAGGGCAUCUUUCCGCUAGACUGCGGGGACUUGGAUCUAGAGCAGAUUGAAAACAACUGAGGCACAAAGUUGUAUACUAGAAUCAGAGUUGUUCUAAAUUAAAAUGAUUAGUGGAUUACCUUUGCAAUGCAUAAUCCAUGUCCCUGAAUCUCUGUAUUGCCUAUCUUGGGCCUGUGUUAGAAGAAAUGUUUCAGGUGGGGGGAAAAAAGAACCAUUGUUACCUGUUUAUAGUCUAUUGAUCAGUAUAUGAACAACAGCAAAAGACAACUGGAGGUUAAAUGUUAUUUUGAACAUUAAGAAGUAACUUUGAUUACAAAUUUCCUAACAGAUAUUUUGCAUUUUUAUGGCUUUUACAGUUCUGGAGAAAGGAUCUCUAUUUUGAAAUGAAUUUUCAGAAGGGCAUUCUAUAAAACAAAAUCUGUCUACAGUGAUUCUGGUGCGGGUAUAUGUUCCAUUUGUUAAAGAGCUUAAUGUGAAAAGUGAGUUGCAUAAUUAAAUUGGUAAUAAACCAUUGGAUAUCUGGAGAUCUGAACGCUUAAGUAUCUGGUUGACAACUGGUCCAAAAUACUUAACUGUCUCCUUAUACAGUGAGUGGUUAUAAAACUUCAUAACAUGUACAAAUGGUUUUUCAUACAUUCAAGACUUUUUGAGCAAAAUAUAGUAGUGACCUUAAAGGUUAACACUUUCCAUGAUUUUACUACUUGAAUUGUUUUCCAGCCAGAAGCAAUGCUAAUUUAGGUGGGAUGAAACUGCAAGUAGCUGCCCACCUUCUUGGUCAUUAUUAUGUUUUCUGUGGUUCAAAAGAAUGUACAAGAGCACUUGAACUUUUAAACAGGGACUUUGUAAUGAUCAAUUCCCCAGGAGGUGAUCCCUUCAGCAAUACUAGAAGGAAACUAGUCCUUGAAUUAAAUAAAAUGACAUUUUGCUUUGCA